AUGUUAAGACUUACAACAUGGAGGGCCUUUCAGCAACCGCUACAUAAUUUACCUUCGAUUCUAUUCAUUGGAAAGAUAGGCCAGAAGCAGACCUGGGCAAAUACACGAUUAUAUACCACUACACAAGGAGAUUCCGAAAAUAAAAAGCAUGAUAUUUUGUUUUUCGGAACAGACGAAUUCGCAUCGAACCAUCUCAAGGCAUUAAUUCUAGAGAGAGAUCAGCCUGGAUCUAGUAUUGGAAAUAUCGAACUUGUCUGCCCUCCUGAUCGAUUAACAGGACGAAAAAUGAAUGAGCUAACACCCAGUAAGACCAAGGCAUUAGCGACCCUAUAUGAUAUUCCAGUGCACCAUACACCUGUCAAAGAAAAAACAUUGGAUAAUUGGCAGGUACCAGGAAAGUUUGAUCUGGGAGUAGUUGUUUCCUUUGGUUACUUUAUUCCUCCCCAUGUUAUUGAAACCUUUAAGAAAGGUGCUGUCAAUGUACAUCCUUCUCUCCUACCAAAAUACAGAGGUGCUGCACCUAUCCAACAUACUAUUCUUGGCGGAGAUGAAGUAACGGGUGUUACUGUUCAGGAACUCGAUGACAAGGCAUUCGAUGCUGGCCGUAUUCUUUCUCAAGAAAAAGUGGAUCUAUCAGAUGAAGUCGCUCCUGCUUAUCCUUCCUUACUCAACAAAUUGUCCGAUGUCGGGUGCAAACUAUUGGUUUCAACCCUGAGAAAGCUUGAUUAUCAUAAAAAGAACGCAAAAAUACAAGAUCCUACCAAGAUUACUAGUGCACCAAAAAUAAAGAAAGAUUGGGCCGAUAUUAAAUUUGACGUUAUGACUGCUUGGCAAAUUGAGCAACUCCAUAGAGCAAUUGGCUCUCAAUAUCCUAUCAAAACAAUCUUUACUUUCUCACGUUUCAAGCGAUCCAAGAAAUUAAAACAAAGAUUCGUCACAAUGAGCUUGCACAACGUAUUCCUGCCGCUAGAUUCACCUGCCUACUAUUAUAAUCCUCCUCUAGAACCCGGAACCUUUGUUUUUGAUGAGAACUCAGGGUCAGUCCAUGUGUGCUGUGCAGACGGGAACGUAAUUGGGUUCACUCACAUCCAGGCUGAAAGCAAAAAAACGAUCCUGGCCAAGGACUUUGUGAAUGGUUACGAAAUCCGCAAUAAUGUGGGUCAGUUUGGUGAAUUGAGUGAGGAGGAUGUGGAGGCUGGUAUGAGUGGUGUUCGUGUUACGAAGAAAAGAGCAGAAUAUAAUAAGGUCAUUCGUAAGCGACUUCGUAUGCGCAAAGUCGAUUUUGAACGCUUGGUUCUCAACAAAAGAUAA